AUAUACUGAAGGUGGUGUGUUGAGGAGAACUGGUCACACCGAAGCCUCAGUAGACUUGUGCAAACUGUCAGGCCUGCAGCCCGUUGGCGUCAUCUGUGAGCUGGUCAAAGACGACGGGUCAAUGGCACGCCGUGACGAUUGCCGCGCAUUUGCGGAUAAACACGGGUUAAAAUUGAUCACCAUCGCGGACAUUAUCAAAUAUCGUUUAGACAAAGGACUAUUAAACAUUUAA